CGGAUGAGCGAAUAUCAAGGUGAGGGCUUGGCUGGAUCGUGGUGGAGUAAUUUUGAGAGAGAGCAAAGCAACGGCGGAAUAGAGAAAAAGGAUGACGGUAUUUCAUUUCUUCAACUGUGCCAUUCUCACUUUCGGUCCUCAUGCUGUCUACUACUCUGCAACCCCCUUAUCUGAGUAUGAUACACUAGGAACAUCAGUCAAAGCUGCACUUGUUUAUCUGGGAACUGCCUUAGUAAAGCUUGUAUGCCUUGCAACUUUUCUUAACGUCUCAGAGAAUGACUCCUUUGACCCAUAUCAGGAACUGUUGAAAGCGCUCAUCGGUUUUAUCGAUGUCGCUGGACUUUACUUUGCUUUGACCCAGUUGACUUACCGAAAUAUAUCUCAGAACCAUAAGUUUCAGGCAGUUGGACUGGGUUGGGCGUUCGCUGAUUCUGUCUUGCAUAGAUUGGCACCACUUUGGGUUGGGGCCAGAGGACUGGAGUUUACUUGGGAUUACAUUUUGCAGGGUCUUGAAGCUAAUGCAAAUCUGGUGUUGAGCAUAUCUCUUGCUGCAUUGGGAUCUUUGAUGUGGCUGAGGAAGAACAAGCCCAAGACUCUAAUUCCCAUAAUAUAUGUCUGUGCAUUGAUCGUAGCUACCAUGCCAUCCAUCACAAGCUACUUAAGGCGAGGAAUGGGUUGGCAUUUCCCAAAGGUGGUGGGAUUUGAGCUCUUCACCUCUCUGGUGAUGGCUUUUAUUAGUUGGCAGCUUUUCUCUGCUUGCCAGAGGCCCUCUGUUUAAGGGUCACCCUCUCUACUACUGAGAGAAUAUAUUGAGGCUGGACGUGAGUGACUUUUGGAUAUGAACCAAACCUUCUUUUUUGAGCUGUUUUCCGCCUUGGUAUUUUUUCUUUUUUUUUUUAAUCAUUUGCAAUAUCAUAGUGUUGUUUAGUUUCAGAUUUAGUUUUAGUUUUUCUUUUUCUUUUUCUUUUGGGGGGACGCUUAGCUAGACAGAGACAAUGUGAUCUUUACUCUUUUCCUUCCCUAACCAAAGUAAAAAAAAAAGGAAUAUUUGGUCUUUUUCACUUCUUGUACUUUGGAAAAAGGGGUUUUAAAGCAAUCCGUUGUUUUAGCCUA